AUGCAGGAUGAGUUCUACAUUGUAGAAAGUCUAGGGAUAUCUGCCGAAAGGACUUUUCCAAUAACUGGGAUGCGGAUUGUAGAGAUCAGCAACCAAAUGGUUCAUUCAGAAGUUCUGGUAGACAGUCAGGGACUAAUUCCCAUAUUCACAAUUAUUGAUAAGAGAUCUUCUGAAGUUAAAAAGGGAAUAAUUGUAAUUGAAAGACGCCGCAACUAUCCCAUUAAGGAAUACAUCUUAGAAAAAGAGAGUAAUCCCCAAGGACUAGCCAUUAAAAUCAACAAUGCCAUUUACGUACUGAAGUUUCGAGUGACGGCUAAACAACUAAUGCGAGUGGAGUAUCGAGAGGGUCGUUUGCUUAUGCAUGAAGAUAUUCGUACUAGAGGUGGAUCUAAGGAAGUAGGCAGUGGUACUGAGAUUUACCCCCAAACUGAACGUGAAGAUAUUCUCCAAGAGUGGAGUAGUGCUCCUAAAGGACCAGAAACCAGUAUUACAACUACUAUUAUUAACACUAAAGACUCGGUACUCUACAUGCUAGUGGCUGGUGGAUGGCAGCGUAGUAGUGGAGUUGAGAAGUACAGUUCAAUUGUUCUUUUGACCGAAACUCUAACUAGAUCCUUAGUCCUACAGACUCUUAGUAAGUACAACCACUACUUGAGCACGGGUUUGAAAGAGAUAGUUACAGCUGAAUUAAGUAAGCGAAGAAAGAAGGAGGAGAGUUACUUACUGAAAGAUGCUCAGAUAGGCGAGCCUUUACUGGAUAAUCGGCCCUUUUUCUUUGAUAUGAUCUACCAUAUUCUAUUAGAACAUCGUAUUGUUAUAGUUUCACAAGAGGAAGACUUACUAGUGAAUUAUGUACAAGGUUUAUUAGCUUCUAUUCAGCCGUAUGAGUGGCGAGGGAUUAUGUGUGUGCCUUUACUUAAUUGUCCGACAUAUACUAAACUAGUUGAAGCGACUAUUCCUUAUCUAAUUGGUAUUAAAGGAGGCCGGUCUCAGAUUAAGGAAAUGAUGCAGCGGAUUCCCGAGAAGACUAUUAUUGCCUACUUGGACGAGAGUCUUAUUGUAGUGCAUAAACGGACGAAGGAGGCCGGUAAUUUAUUUGGGCCGCUGGGUAAGUCAAGGGAAGAUCGCCGUGAGAUUCCUUUCUAUCCCAGUUUAGGGAAGAACUUAAGCUUUACUUGGCCGGAGUUGAAGAUGGAAAUGAACAUCUUUAUGGAGAUAAUUAGUACGCAGGCAUGUACGGCCCGGGAGAAGGUAAUUAGAGGGUUUGUUCUGCAGAAGAAGACAGAGGAGUUGAAGAGCUUUUUGAAUAACUUACUUGAUUGUAAUGACUUGAUGUUGAGUCAUUUGAAGAAACACGCUCGUUUUUAUCAAGAGUUUUUAGAUACGAGUCUGUACCAGAAAGGGAUUGCUAAUGAGUAUAUUAGGGAGGUUAAGGAAGAAGGGCUGGAAGCUGAAGAAAUGGUGACUAUUCUUUGGCUGUGCAUUUAUACGACGGAAAGGAUGUUGCACCAGGAGACAAGAGUGGAGGAGGUUCAGUUUGUAUUGGAAGCUUAUCUGAAGAGGUUUGUGGAGCGAUCUUUUGUAGCAACGGAAGCUUUAGUAAUCAAUCUUCUUUCGAUCUUAUCUUCAAUUAAUUCGUAUGGGAUGGUGAUGUAUAUUUGUGAGAAACUUAAAGACUUAGGGAUUUGUUUGACUCAGGAGAUGUGUGCGGCUUUAGUUCCAGUUUUAUCGACUAAGGUCUUAUCUGAGCUGAAAUGCGGACUGCCUAGUGUUUCGCCAUGGAGACUGGCUAGUGAGGCCGCGGCUAAGUUGGAGGCUGGUCCUAAAGAGUCAACACCAGAUAGUGUGCUAGUUGAGAUUUGGAAUAAGAUGGGAUUUGUAGGAAGCAAGUUAGUGCCUACUCUGCUUACUUAUGUCUGCACGACCCGCGUUGAUUUGCUGGCCAAAGAUCCUGAGACUUUGCAGCUGCUUUCGGCUGAGUUUGAUAGGUACGAGUUGGUGGUUUAA